GUAUGUGGACACCUGUCAUCCAACAUCAAUCAAAAUGAUGGCCAUUAAUAUGGAGUUGGUCCACCCUUUGCUGCAAUAACAACCUCAACUGGAAAGGCUUUAUAGUAAAUGUUGGAGCAUUGCAGCAGGGAUUUCUUCCAUUCGGCCAUAAGAACAUUAGUGAGGCCAGGCACUGAUUGGGCGACAAGGCUUUCCAGUUGAUCCCAAGAGUGUUGGAUAGGGUUGAGGUCAGAGCUCCGUGCAGGCAAAUCAAAUUCUUCCGCAUCGAUCUUGACACAAGCUUUUGUAAUAUGGACCUCGCUGUGUGCCCAAGGACACUGUCACGUUAGAACAGGAAGGGCCUUCCAAACUGUUGGGGAAACACAUAAUUGUCUAGAAUGUAUUUGUUUGCUGUAGCGUUGCCUUCACUGGAACUAAGGAGCCUAGCCCAAACCAUGAAAACAACCCCAGACCAAGGGGCGUCCAGAUAUUUUUGGUCAUAGGCUAUUCUCUUAAUUUUCCUGAUGCUCGUGCGAAUAAAUACAACUUCCCUGUAUGUAUUUCCAAGUUUCAAAAUUUUCCACACCUUUGCGAUCGUGCGUGCUUGUCCAAUAAAUCAGACUUAUAUUAUAGAAUUAAUAAAACGUUAUUAAAUUUAAAUAAUAAUGUUUUAAGCAUUCAUUCGAUUAAGCUAGGACUCGCUUGACAAGCAUAUCGGAAGCUACUUUGCUCUGAUUACUGAAAUCAUCUUCAGUCAAGGGAAAUGUACAUUCAAGGUUUAAACUUAAUUUUAAGAAGAAGAAAUGUAUUUACGUUGUGGUCUGACAAAAUAAUGUUAUGGGAUUGCCUCGAGUAAACAAAUGGUCGCGCGGCGAACUCUUCCUCAACAAAACUCUGGGACGGCUAAGUAGCUCUCCAGAGUGCUGAAGUUGCCUCUCACCGCAGGCGCCGAGGACGCAGCGCGGCUUCAACCUCGCCUCCUCCCUUUGGAAAAAAAAAACACUGCGCAGAUAAUGAGCUACUCGGUCUCGAAAUCUCGCAAGGCAAUUAGUUUUAAUUUCAAUUCAGACAGAAGUUUAGAGCCGCGCUUUUUGUCUCGGCGAUUUCGUUGUUUAGUUUAAAUGUAGCGUUGACGCAAAUUGCUGAAAAUGUGUCGGUUGUAGUAAAGAGAGGACAAACCAAGAAAACUAACGAAAGGGGAAUAUGAUAGCAAAUUUGAACCCGCCAGUGCACAACACUACCAAUUAUGGACUGAUUAAAACGGACGGUGAGCAGAAUCAACUGUUGUUAACAUUUUCUCAGUCAUAGGGCAUUUAUUAAUAUUGUUGUUUGUAAUACAGUUAAUUGACUUUGAAGGUAUUCACACAAUUCUCAAUAUUGGCGCUUGUAUAAAAUAUGUAAAUUCUGACAACAUUUUUCGUAAAUUUUUGAGACGAGUAACUGCUUGAAAUCUCGUUUUGCACGCUGGCGUUUCACAUCAGACUUUUAAACACUGCGAAGCUAAUGAAGUGAAGUACAUAUAUAUAUUGUGACCGUUCUCACAAAAUGUGUGCUUUGCGCUUUAUUGCCUCACUUUAAAAGAUUUAAAUUGAGAUCUGCAUCUGACACUCACGGACAAUGCCACACAUUGCUCUGCAAUUCAGAGGCUUUCGGUGGGACUCGUGGAAAUAUUUCCGUUGCCCUGUUCUCAGGAAUAAACGCCAGUCGGCGAGGCUACCCUCUUAUCGCUGUACGCUAUGGGUCGUUCUGGGGGCUUUGGUGUUCACUUCUGGCGUACAGUGUCAGGUCUUUAAAGUAGGAGUCUUGGGGCCGUGGAGAUGCGACCGGCUCUACUCAAAAGCCCUCCCUGCGGUGGCAGCACAGCUGGCAGUGCAGCGGGUCAAAAACGACCCAAGUUUAGACUUGGGCGACGGACUGGACUUCAUAGUCCUUCAAGAGACGUGCGAAACGUCGAAGGCCUUGGCCAAGUUCGUGCAGCUGGAGAACGCGUCCGAAGCCUUCGUGGGUCCCGCGAACCCGGGCUACUGCGCCGCCGCCUCGCUUUUUGCGCGGAACUGGGGCAAGCCUAUGUUCUCCUGGGCUUGCCUCGAUUACCAGCUCGAUCGGUCCCAGGGAUACACUGCUAUCGCCCAGACUUUGCCUUCGGCCAUGCGGGUGCUUUUCAGCGUGCUCAGGUACUUCGGCUGGGCGAAAAUAGGCAUAAUCUCUUCCAGGGAGGAAAUAUGGAUGGACACCGCCACAGAACUGGGCAACUCCCUCCGGAGUGCGGGACUUCCGGUGCGCCUGGUGUCGUCCGUGGGGGAGAACUCCACAGAGAUGGAAAACACUCUCAGGAAAAUCCAACAAACUGGAAAUAUAAAAGUCAUAAUCAUGUGCAUGCAGUCCGUGCUGAUUGGCGGAGAGCAGGAGGCGGCCUUCCUGCUGAAAGCCAACGAGAUGGGCCUGACGGCCGGGAGCCACGUCUUCCUGCCGUACGACACCCUGCUCUACAGCCUUCCCUACGCCAACGUGACCUACCGGCGGCUGGAGAACGACAGCGCGCUCCGCCAGGCCUACGACGCCGUGCUCACCGUUACCGUGGCGUCGGACAUCGCGUCCUUCACGGACGCUUUCGACGCGGCUCAGCGGUCCCGCGAAAUUCCCGCGUCCUACGACCCUCAGCAGGUUUCCCCAAUCUUCGGAACGGUGUACAACAGUAUUUACCUGGUUGCCAAGGCGACGGACAGCGCCAGGAGGGCGGGGCAGAGCCUCUCGGUGAGCAACCUGGCCUUCUGCAUGCAGAACCUGACCUUCGCGGGGUUCAACCAGAACGUGCGCACGGACGGGCUGGGGAACGUGCUGACGGACUACGUGGUCCUGGACACGGACGGGCUGAGCGGCCAGCUCUACCGCACCCACCGGGUGGACCUGGGCGCCGGCACGCUGUUCGUCACCGGGCCGCCCGUUCACUUCCCGCAGGGCUCCCCCCCGCCCCAGGACUCCCGCUGCUGGUUCAACAUUUACAUCCUCUGCGUGGGAGGUGUGGAUCUCACCUCCAUCAUUGUGGCAUUCGUGGUCAUCGCUGUUCUGGUCGUAAUUUCUAUUGGUUUGGCUUUCAUAAUAAGGAGGCGGCUCCAAAGGAUUCAGCUUUUUAAAGGGCCCAACAGAAUCCUGCUGACUCUGGAAGACCUCACCUUCAUCAACCCACAGCACAGCAAGAGGCAGGUCACCAUCGAGGAUCUCAGCGACUCGAAAAGCGCGCUGGAGGGAAAGUCCCGGGGUCGAAGCCAUUCCAUGAACAGCGCUGCCACGGCGACGCACGAGACCUCCAACGUGGCGGUGUACGAGGGCGACUGGGUGUGGUUGAAGAAGUUUCAGGAGGGGCAGUUCAGGGAGAUAAAGUCCAGCUCCACAAAGAUUUUCACCAAGAUGAGGGAUCUCCGAAACGAGAACGUGAACCCGUUCCUGGGGCUCUUCGCGGACGCGGGCGUGUUCGCCGUGGUGACGGAGCACUGCUCUCGCGGAAGCCUCCGGGACCUGCUGGAGAACAGCGACGUCAAACUGGACUGGAUGUUCAAGUCCUCCCUCCUCCUGGAUCUCAUCAAGGGCAUGAAGUACCUGCACCACCGCGCGUUCGCCCACGGGCGGCUGACCUCCCGAAACUGCGUGGUGGACGGGCGCUUCGUGCUGAAGAUAACCGACUACGGUGUCAGCGAGCUGCUGGAGUCCCAGAAGACCGCUCGGGUGGUGCCUCCGCCCGCAGAGCUGUUCUGGACAGCCCCUGAGCUUCUCAGGGACCUGGAGAACUCAGAGAGGGGAACACUCAAAGGCGAUGUGUACAGCUUUGCAAUCAUACUGCAGGAAGUGGUCGUCCGUGGGCUGCCCUACUGCAUGCUGGGACUGAACGCCGCAGAGAUCAUCCGCAAGGUGAAGAAGCCGCCGCCCAUGUGCCGGCCCACGGUGGCGCCUGACCAGGCCCCGCUGGAGUGCAUCCAGCUGAUGAAGCAGUGCUGGAGCGAGCAGCCCGACCGCCGACCCGCGUUCAACGAGAUCUUCAACCAGUUCAAGAUCAUCAACAAAGGCAAGAAGACCAACAUCAUCGACUCGAUGCUGCGCAUGCUGGAGCAGUACUCCAGCAACCUGGAGGAGCUGAUCCGCGAGAGGACCGAGGAGCUGGAGGUGGAGAAGCAGAGGACCGAGAAGCUGCUGUCCGAGAUGCUGCCGCCCUCUGUAGCUCACGCUCUGAAAACGGGGGGUGUGGUCGAACCCGAGUACUUUGACCAGGUGACCAUCUACUUCAGUGACAUUGUGGGGUUCACCACCAUCUCCUCGCUCAGCGACCCCAUCGAGGUCGUCGACCUUCUCAACGACCUCUACUCGCUUUUUGACGCCGUACUGGCCAACCACGACGUGUACAAGGUGGAGACCAUCGGAGACGCUUACAUGGUGGCCUCGGGGCUGCCGAAGAGGAACGGGAACAAGCACGCAGCGGAGGUCGCCAACAUGUCCCUGAACAUCCUCAGCGCUGUGGGCUCUUUCAAAAUGCGCCACAUGCCAGAGGUGCCCGUCAGGAUCCGCAUCGGCCUGCACUCAGGUUCCUGUGUUGCGGGAGUUGUAGGUUUGACCAUGCCUCGGUAUUGCCUGUUUGGAGACACGGUGAACACCGCCUCCCGUAUGGAGUCAACUGGGCUGCCCUACAGAAUCCACGUGAAUCUGAGCACGGUGACGAUCCUGCGCUCCCUGAACGACGGCUACCGCAUCGAGAUCCGCGGCCAGACGGAGCUGAAGGGUAAAGGCUUCGAGGAGACCUACUGGCUGGUGGGCAAGGAGGACUUCACGAAACCCCUGCCACAGCCACCCGACUUAAAACCAGGGGCGGACAACCACGGCCUGUCGCAGGAGGAAGUAGCCGAAUACAAGAGAAGACGAGCCGAGAAAAAAGCACAGCAGCUGAGGAAAUGAAACCCGAGGUUUCUGAAGUCCAGCAGGAAGGCGGGGGCAGGCCAUAACCUGAGAAGAAGGAAGAGGAAGAGACCGAGGAGGAAGAGCCGGGCUCAGCCCUGUGGCAUGAGGGAAGUACCACUCACGGCAGCAGAGGACCAAUCAGAUCGGGGCAGCUCAUCUGGACACUUUUAAUGGGAUUUUACACUGUGAGUCUAAUCUUGAUUCCCCAGCUGGCUCAGCAGUGAACAGAAAUGCUGUGACUUCAUUUAAUGUGUGAGAGAUGUGCUGCAGUUAUUCAUUUAGACUGUUGAGCUCUUUGGCCACCAGGGGGCAGGCUACUGCAUCUAAGAAUGGCUGUUCCUCAGUCAGGCUGUCUUUAUUUGCAUUGUGGUCCUUUUUGUGAAAUGAAUAACACGAGUAAUUUUCAUUUUUUCAGUAUCAUCAGUGAUAAUAAGUUGCAAUUUCUCAAAAUGAAAAUAUGUCUUUCUUAGCUGUAUUUACAUUACAGGCAUUUAGCAGACGCUCUUAUCCAGAGCGACUUACACAACAUUCUACAUAGCAUUUACAUUGCAUUCAUUUACACAGCUGAAUGUAUACUGAUGCAAUGCAGGUUAAGUACCUUGCUCAGGGGUACAACGGCAGCGUCCUACCAAGGAAUCGAACCUGCGACCUUUAGGUUACAAGACCAGUUCCUUACGCAUUAUACUACACUGCCGCCCUUCAAAUAAUACGUUUAAAUAACUUCAGCACACAGCUGAAAUGAAUGGCUUUCCUGGUUGAAAGCUACAUGGGGUAGAAAAAUGUCAAAAAGAGUUGGACAGAAACAUUAUCGGUUUUAGUCUUCUCAUCGGAUAUGUUCACGAUACUGAAAAAAAAUAAUAAUUACUGGUGUUAUGCUUUAAGCAAAUGUUGCUGUUUAAUGGAAGACUGCAUAUUUAGAUAUUUAAUAUUUGGGUUUGUAUACUAUAGUGUGUGUGUGUGUGUUUUCUUGAAAAGGGCAAAGAAAUCUGGAAGGUUUUUUUUACCUUUUCACAGUUUUAUUUCCAUUAAAUGUUGAUAUAUGCAUUGUAUAUGCCCAAUAAAUGACUCCUGAAAGUUGUGAGAAAGUGACAGUAAGUCAGUGCUAAAAGCUGAGAGCAAUAGUUAUAUAUAUAUAUAUGACUGACAGAAAAAAUGAUGCAGUGCCUGCCAUUUAAAAUAUUUAUUUUUUUAUUUCAAUGAAUAAACAUUCCAUAAAAUGC